AUGGCCAGAAUUACCCCGCAUAUGGUGGUGACUUCGGAUCUAGAUUUGUACCGCAAAGCCAAUGCUCACAGGGUCAAUGACUACUCUCGUGGGCCAUGGUACAAGGCGUUCAAGAUGGACGCCGAGCGAGAAAACCUUUUCACCGAGCUGAAUGACGAGAAGCACUCUUUGAUGCGUACAAAGCUGUCUCCUGGGCCCGAAUACUUACCAAGGCUACUGUAUUCGGGCAAGGAUAACCCUGAAUGUGAGCCCAGUAUCAAUCAGAUAGUCAUGGACGUCGUGCAUUUGAUCAAACGGAAAUACCUUUCUGUGGGAUCUAACAUCAAGCCGCUGGACUGGGCCGAGCUCGCACAAUACUUCACGCUGGACGUGAUUACAUAUUUGUCGCUGGGGGAAGCAUUUGGAUUUUUCUCCGAGGACACCGACAAGUAUACCUAUGUGAAGUCCAUGGAAGACAACUUCCCGAUAAUGAAUGUCUUCUCGGCCGUGCCGCUGCUGUCAGCCAUUACGAGGAUCCCAACAGUCCAGGCCAACCUUGUACCUUCACCGAAAGAGAAGACUGGGCUAGGAAAGGUGAAAGCAGUUGCUCGGCAGAUCAUAGCGGGUCGUUUCUCUGGUGAGAAAGCAGGACGCUACGAUAUGGUAACUUCUUUCAAGAACCAUGGUUUGUCACAACUCGAGAUCUCGGACGAGUCGCUGUUCCAACUCCUGGCCGGCUCUGAUACAACAGCAACCAUCAUCCGUACUGGCUUCCUCUCAAUCUUGGCCAAUCCACACGUGUACCGAAAGCUCCAAGCUGAGGUGGCGGCAACAGACACACCCUUGGACACGAUCAUCUCCUCCGCUCAAGCCCUGAGAUUGCCCUACCUGCAAGCUUGCAUCAAGGAGGCUCUGCGCCAACACCCCGCUGCGGCCGGCUUACUCCCUCGCGUCGUCGGCGCACAAGGUGAUACACACAAGGGCGUCUACCUUCCUCCUGGAACCGAAGUCGCUUUCUGCGCUUGGAAUAUGCACCGUCAUAAUACUGAGGUAUAUGGUGCCGAUGCGGAAAUCUUCCGACCUGAGCGCUGGCUAGAGGCUUCUCCUGAGCGUUUGGCUGUCAUGGAAGAGGCACACCAUCUUGUCUUCGGUCAUGGCAGGUUCCGAUGUAUGGGCGAAAACAUCGCAAGGUUAGAGUUGAACAAGAUCUUCUUCGAGAUGAUCAGAAGGUUCGACUGGAGCUUGAUUGACCCUGUCAACCCAAUUAAGAAGAACACGAAUUAUGGAUUGUUCGUGCAGAAGGGCAUGUUUGUCAAGGUGAGCGAACUGGAGAGCUGA